GCGUCUGAGAUAUGUCACAGGGAGUGGGAGGAGGAGGAGGGGGAGCCAGCGAGUGCGUGCAGUGUCCCAGGACCCUGUUUACUUAGCAUUCCCAGCUGAGGAAGCCCUGGUUUAAAUAGGAUCGGAGGAGCGGGCUGCCCACAGCAGAUGAAGAAAUGGUUGCUGUGGGGCUUUAAAUUCCUGCCUUCCCAUGUGCUGGCGUGGAGGAUGAGCCUGCAGAAUGCCUUUCCUCCUGGGUCUCAGACAGGACAAGGAAACCUGCAUGGGUGUCAACAAUCAAAGUUACAUAUGUGAAACGGGCCACUGUUGUGGACAAUCCCAGUGUUGCAACUACUACUAUGAACUCUGGUGGUUUUGGCUGGUGUGGACCAUCAUCAUCAUACUCAGCUGCUGUUGUGUUUGCCAUCACCGCCGCACCAAGCACCGCCUCCAGGCCCAGCAGCGGCAGCACGAGAUCAACCUGAUCGCUUACCGGGAGGCCCAUAACUACUCAGCCCUGCCCUUUUAUUUCCGGUUUUUGCCAAACUAUUUGCUACCUCCCUAUGAGGAAGUGGUGAACCGACCGCCGACCCCCCCGCCCCCGUACAGUGCCUUACAUCAGCAGUGCGUCCCAGCAGGCAGCAGUAGCACAAUCCCGGACACGCCCAGGACGCUGCAGCCAGCACAGAGCAGCUCUGCAGCACCCAGCAGCAAUAACAGCAGUACUGACAGCACCGGGGCGCCCGGCCGCGGGGACCCCGAGCCCUCCACCACCGUGCUGGGCGAGAGAGCCCUCGCCAAAAUGCAAAGCAUCGAGCCCGGCAGUACCAGCACGGGAGCCGAGCUAGUGGGGAGGGCCGGUCCCGAUAAGGAUACGGAGUGCAAGGAGGAACUGCUGAAAGGUUACAGCUCUGAGAGCUUAGAGCAGAGCAGCGCCAUUCCCGAUGCCAAGGACAAGAUGCCGGGCAGGCAGCGCCGUUUCACGGGCGACUCGGGCAUAGAAGUCUGCGUAUGCAACCGGGGUCAUCAUGAGGACGACCUCAAGGAGUUUGACGGGCUCAUUGAUGACGCUCUGGAUGGGCCCCUGGACUUCUGUGACAGCUGCAGUGGCCGUCCCCACGGGGAUGAGGAGGAAGGGCUUUUCAGUGCCGCAGAGGAGCAGCACCGCGAACACAGCCACCACCACCUGCCCCGGCAGCCGGUGUGUGUACUCUUGAACACAAUAAAUGAGCAGGACUCUCCAAACUCUUGUACCAAUAACUCCCCCAGCUAAGGCGGCAGAGUGGAAGGGAGAAUCGGGGGAAAAAAACAAAUAAAAAUGGAGUAAGAGGAUUAAAACUUUAACAGGAGAAAAAGGUGAUACAAUGGGGGUUUUUUUCUUUAUUUUUCUUUCUCCCCUCCAAUAUAAUAUGGGGACUAGUCCUCGAAGGCCCGGCUUGUGGGAGACGGGUCACUCUGGGUUUUGUUAAUUGUAUCUGCCCUGCUCCAUGGAGCAGGGACUGAUGUUUCUCAAUGAGACCUUCUAAAAAACGGAAUUUUUCUAAUGGUGAUUUUGGUGAUGGUUAUUAUGAGUUUGUUGGUUUUAGUUUUCUGAAACACUGCUUUAUCUUGCAAUCAGUAAAACUCAGCAAAUCUCACCCUGGGAGGAUACCAGAUCACCAUAAGGCUUCAACCUCCAGGUGUCUUCCCAGAAGCGAGCAGCUUCUGACAGUGCCGGCAGUCAGUAGCCCAAGAGUUCUGGUUUGAUAUAGUGCUCUUGAGGCAUUGGGGAUUUCUUUCCAUCUUUUUUCAUUUGGUUUUUUUUUGUUGGUUUUUUUUUUUUUUUUUCUUUCCUGAUGUUAAGUUUUCCCGAAGCUGAUAGAUGCCCAGACACAUCAGCCCUAUAAUCUCUGGUGCUUCAGUGUUUAAGACAGCAGGUAGGAAAUGUCCCACUUGAAGCUGGUGACUGAAGGACCAGUUUCUUCUAGAAGGAGUUUUAGUCUACCUUAGGCAGUUUGAAAAGAGGAGGUUUGCAGAAAUUUGCCUUUAUGUGUCAUUUUUAAAGACAAGUGUGUUCCUUCAAUGCCUCCAAGAGCACAGUUAGCAGUAGAAUCCAGGCAGCUGGGCUGCCUUCCAAGUACUGUGGUCUCCGAAUGACCUUUUCCCGGUGUGCUGCAAAAGGGCUUGGCUUUAUUUUUGUCCUUUUUUGCACCCCGAUAGCAGCACACUGGAGUUCAGAUGACAAAAGAACAGGGCUCUCCUUGGCCAGUGUGCCUUCAAGCUUCAGCGAUGCAUGUUGAACAAAUGGUGACGAGAGCUCCGUCCAUUGCGAAAGGGAUGAUUUACCAUGUAGAUGUGGAAGACCUGUGCAGUAUUUUUUUUUAAUCCAAAAGUUUGGUGCGAUUCUAAUAAUGACCACUUAAAGAAAUGAAUGUCUGUUUUCUUUCUCUUUCUUUUCUUUUUUUUUUUUUUUUUUUUAUGGUGGCAACUGGCUACUGUAUAAUGUCUGUGAGCGUGUGUGUGUGACUGCAAUCCAUGCAUGCGAGUCCUACUGGUAAUACGAAAACCUGCUGUAAGACUGCAAGAAAAUUUACUGUAGCUUUGCUUUAAUAAACAGUAGAGAUUUUUGUUAGUAACAACCUGAAGGAAGAAAAAAAGAAAAAAGAAAAAAAAAAGGAAGAGCUGAAACUAACAUUCCCUAGAGUGCUCGUGUGGAAGAGAGCACAGUUCAGACUGUGUAACUUGUUCUCGGGAUUUCUCCCCGUCCCUUUUAUAAUUAUGGUCAUCCAGAUCAUUACUGUUAUGGGGAAAAAAACAUUGAAACCUGAACUCGGACAUACUGAGAUCUGAUUAAUUGAAAACCAAAAUCAGUUUUAAAUAAGGUGGAAACCAAAAUAUAAUGCCUUUUCUGAUAA